AGGGCGGGGUCUGGGCAUGAGACUAUUAGUACUUAGUAUAUAGGGAUUAUACUAAUGCUUACUGCAGCAAACACACAUCACAUUAAGUUAACACACGCACACAGGGUAUACUGCUACAUCAUUUCCAGUUUCUUUUGCUUAGCUGCAUCAUACAUACUCUCUAGUGCCACUCCCUAUUCUCCGAGUGAUUCAGGAAUG